AUGUGCAUUUGCAUAUUCAUCAUUAUAAUCUUUCUACUAUUAAUUCAAACUGUACGCUAUAUAUUCAGACGUCGUUCUCCAAUUAAAUAUGUAGACGAGGCAGAUUUAUCUCGAUUUGGAAAUGUUUCGUGGCCUCAACAACGUAUACCGCGUGUGAUUCAUCAAACAUAUCGUACGUAUGAUGUACCUGAAAUAUGGAACUCAACGGUACAGUCAGUGAUGAAGAUGAAUGUGGGCGAUUUUGAGUAUCGCCGAUGGUCUCAUUCGGACAUGGAUGCAUUUGUUCGACAGCGUGAACCUGACUUCUAUAGAAAUACUUUUGUCCAUUAUGCAUAUGAUAUGCAACGAAUAGACUCAUUUCGGUACGUACUAAUGUAUCACAUAGGUGGAAUCUACAUCGACAUGGAUAGUGCUUGCUAUCGUCCUCUUCGAGAAUUUGUCGCCACUCUGGAAGCACUUGAUCCAAGCUCACCUUAUCUUGCUCUUUUUCCUGCUGAAGAUGCAUUCGGCGUUCAAACGGACUUCAUUGCUGCUACUCCCGGACAUCCAAUAUAUAAACAGUUUAUUUCACAAUUACCUCUGUUUCAUCACUACUUUCUCAUUCAUCAUAUCACAAUACUACUUAGUGCUGGACCACUCUUUGCUACUUUUCAAGAGCGCUUUUUUCGUCAGACGGAUCAACAAGUUGUACGAAUAUUGAAAAAUAAAAUCUAUACCACUGAGUUUUGGAAAACAAAUGGAGGUACAUGGUUUGGUCGCGAUACUCUGUUCAUAUUAUACAUCUAUUAUAACAGCAAGCGUCUUCUUGGAUACUUAAUUAUUUUGGCUAUCUGGCUUGCUAUUUUUUUCAUUGGGAUCAUCAUUUACAGACGAUGGCGAAGCCACUGUCCCAAGAGUCUAACUAUGAUACAAGUCAAUCAGUACCCGUUAUUGAAAAAUUCCCCAUUACGCUUGAUACGAUUGAAGCAGAAAGAAAGUCGACCGGAAUAG